ACUUUCUCUCUGUUGAUGGCUGUGAUUGGUUCGAUCCCGACACCCAUCAAGCUUGGUUGCAGUGCGGCGAUUGUUGUUGGCGUCGCUGCUGUCAGAAGUCAGACAUCACCGCUCAGCGUUGCAAUGCAGUUCCUGGGGCGUCUUUUGGACACGGUCUCCUCCGUAUCGACCCUCUUCAGCAACCCUUACCGGGUAAGGGACGUGCAGCUGUCCGACUACGGUGGGGGAGGAAAGCUCAAGCUGAGACAGGACGGACGCUUGGUUCUGUAUAAGAACGCCCAGUGCCAAUCAUGGGACUGUGUGCUUACGUGUCCCGACACACCUAUGGGGGCCCUCAGGCUUUUUCAGGUGGGAUCAGAGGAGGACGCCAUGAACUGGUUCCCGCAGUAUGCUCUCAAGCUCCCACCCUUCUACGAGACACUCCCGCCGAUGAAGGCCGAGACAGUGCAGAUGAUCGUGGACUGCCUCCGCAACCACCCAGAGUGGAGCGUCGCUCACAUCGCUGUGGAUACGGGUCUUAGGGAUUGCCUUAAGCAUAACUAUGUCCAGAGUCAGAUCAACACUCGCGAUGCGCUGGGUCAGACGCCGCUGCACCUGGCGUGCGAGCGAAGCGACUUGGCGUGUGUGAAGGAGCUUCUGGAGGAGAGCCAGGCACGCACGGACAUCAGAGACAACCAAGGGGAGACUCCCAUGCACUUUGCCGCCAAGCAUGACUCCCCCGUCAUCGUCCAGGUCCUGUGCUCACGCUUGUGCUCCGGUGUGAACGAGCUCAACAACAACGGGGAGACGCCGCUCCACGUGUCCUGCCGCCUGGGCAGGUUGGAGGCCGUCAAAGCCCUCCUGGGGGGCGGGGCCAAGUGCAACAUCCUGGGUGGCGUCGGCUACCCGAUCCACAGUGCCAUGAAGUACAGUGAGAAGAGCUGUGCAGAGGAGGUCCUAAAAGCGGACCCAGACCAGCUGCAUGCUGAAGACUCUCUGUACGGAGGCACGCCGCUCCACUGGGCUAAAACAGCUGAGAUGUGUCGCAUGCUGCUGGAUAAAGGCUGCACAAUUAACUACCUCAGCAAAACCGGCGAGAGCGCGCUCCACAUUUUGACCAAGAAAGGUCGCUUCGAGGCGGCGAUGGUUCUGCUCACCCACGGCGCCAACGCCAACCUGAAGGGGCAGGACGGAAACACGGCACUGCACCUAGCCAUGAAGAUGGAUCACAUGGAGUUGAUCAAAGCUCUGAUUGUGUUCGGUGCCGAUGUGGAGAUCCACAACGACUUGGGAGAGACGCCGGGACUGAUCGCUGCUCGCACCAGCAAAGGCCCCAAUAGAAAGAUACUGCUGGACAUGCUGUGUAGUGUAGGUGUGCAACGCUGCCAUCCUCCCACUCCUGGCAGCCCUUCCCCGUUCUCCAGCAAAGCCGUAGCGCAGGCGGGCAUAGGUUUUGAGGACAUUAUGCACAUGGGAGCUGCUAUCACAGCAAUGAGCAGAGGCACAUCCCAAGUGGACGGUACCAAGAAAAUGAGAAUUGACAGACUGCUGUGUCUGGAUGGAGGAGGCAUCAAAGGGCUGGUUCUGAUCCAGAUGCUGAUCGCCCUGGAGAAAGAGGCGGGCCGGCCCACGAGAGAGCUGUUCGACUGGGUGGCUGGCACCAGCACAGGUGGAAUCCUGGCCCUGGCUGUAGUCCACGGGAAAUCCAUGGAGUACCUCCGCUGCUUGUACUUCAGGAUGAAGGAGCAGGUGUUCAAAGGGUCUCGACCAUACGAGUCGGCCCCACUGGAGGACUUCCUGAAGAAAGAAUUCGGAGAGAACACCAAAAUGACAGAUGUCCAGUAUCCCAGAGUGAUGGUGACCAGUGUUUUAGCAGACCGCCAUCCGGGAGAGCUCCACAUUUUCAGGAAUUACGACCCGCCCUUCUUACAAAGAGAGUCCCCUUACGCCACCACGGCCACCUUCAAGCCUCUCACCAUUCCGCAAGGAUGGGAGGGUGAGGAUGUGUUGCUAGUAGGAUACACAGUGGAGUCUGCCAGUAAACGUAGGAAGCUGACUGAUGAAGAGCAACUUGUGUGGCGAGCUGCCCGGUCCAGUGGCGCCGCUCCCACCUACUUCCGCCCAAUGGGACGCUUCCUUGAUGGCGGGCUGUUGGCCAACAACCCCACGCUAGAUGCCAUGUCAGAGAUCCAUCAGUAUUACAAAGUUCUCAAAGCAGAGGGCCACGGAGUUGAAAUCAAGAAGCUUGGUCUCGUUGUUUCCCUUGGCACUGGUAAGCCUCCCCAGGUGGCGGUAAGUUCCGUGGACGUUUUCCGACCCUCCAACCCUCUGGAGCUGGCUAAGAGCAUCGUGGGAGCCAAGGAGCUGGGCAAGAUGCUGGUAGACUGCUGCACUGACUCUGAUGGCUGUGCAGUGGACAGAGCCAGAGCCUGGUGUGAGAUGACUGACACCAUCUACCACAGACUGAGCCCUCAGCUUUCUCAGGAGGUGAUGCUGGAUGAAGUCAGCGAUUCCGUUCUGGUGGACAUGCUGUGGGAAACUCAGAUGUACUUGUACGAGAAGAGGGAUGUGCUGCAGUCCCUCGCCAAUGCACUGCUCUAAGACAACUAAAAAAAAAGAUGCAGACACUCAUGAGGUGAUGAGCUCACAACACAAUGAAACGACUGGAAUCACUGACAGAUGAGAGGCGUGUUCUUAGUGAAGGUCCUCACACUGUAAGUUUAGCUUCUGAUAAGCGGGCGUAGCAUCAAACCUCUGAAGAACAGCAAGCAAGUCCAACAACAGGUCGCACAUUGCAUUUUUGAUAGUUUUGUUUGUCGUUUUUAAUUUAACUCAUAUCAAGAUACCCUAGUAUUCCAUUUUCCUCUUGCAAUGUUGACACAAUAUGAUGCUACUUGCAUGAUGAUGAUGAGAGAGCGAAUGAAGUAGCUCUUUUUCCACUUGAUCUGCACAUGUGAUCAUUUACUAACCUCUUCACAACGAUUGUAGCACCAUUUUCCUCCAUUUAUUUAUAUUAUUAUUAUAUAUC